CAAACACCCACCCAGCUGACGUGUCCCCUCACAGAUGUGGGAGCACCACAUCCAGCCAAGCAAGGACACCCGGCCUCCUCCCAGCCUGUCCUCUCCAAGCCACCUUGCCGACACCUGCCACGGUCCCCACAUCUCCAGGCUCCCAGCCUCUACAGCCAGGAUGGCCCAGGCCCCCGGGGACCCUGAUGAAACAGACCUCGAGCAGAGGAUCCUGCAGGUGCUGAGGGACGCUGGCUCCCCCGUGAAGUCCGUCCAGUUGGCAAAGGAGUGCCAAGUGCCCAAGAAGAAUCUCAACCAAGUCCUCUACCGGAUGCUGAAGGAGUCCAAAGUCUCCCUGGAAGGCCCUGCAACGUGGGGCCUGGGCCAGGGUGGGACCAGAGAAGUGGAGCCCGCAGAGCCGGCCCAGCCCAGCCAGGCAGAGCGGCCCCGGAAGGACGUGGCUGCAGCUCCAAAGGAACCUGGCCGUCAGCUCACUAAACAGCAGGAAGACAUCUACAGGAUUCUGGAAAACCAUGGGCCCUGUAAGGCCCUGACCAUCUCCCAGAAGCUGGGAAAGAAGACAGCGAAGGAAGUCAACCCAGACUUGUACGCCAUGAGGAGGAAGCACCUUCUGGACUUGGAUGAGAAGUCAAGUACAUGGGCAAUUUAUCGGCCAGACUUGGCAGGAAGAAAUCCGGCCCCUGCAAUAAUUUACCAGAAAAAUCCAAUCAACAUGAUCUGUCAGAAUGGACCCAAUAACCACAUUUCCAUUGGCAACUCCGAAAGCAUCCAGAUUGGACAUGGGAAUGUCAUCGUGAGACCGACGGCCUCUGGGGAGAAUGGCUCCAUGGCUCCCCUCCACCUCCCCCCAGUGGCACCAGCUGACCCCUCAUCUCAGACAUCUCCGGCUGCAGCCUGGGGACCCCAGGACAUCUGCUUGGAGAAGUCUGUGCUCAGACGGGUACAGAUGGGACACGGCAAUAAGAUGAACCUCAACAGUGCCCCGGCCAAGGACCCUACAGCCUGCAGCCCCUCAAUCAGCCCCCCAGUCUGUGCCCCCACGGAUGGCCCAGAAGCUCUGUUCGAAAUUCGAAUGCCCAAACCAGGACCUUCUGCUGAGGAGGAGGUGGCCCAGAGAGUCCGUAUCCGUUCAUGCUUCCUUGAGGACACCGCCAUCGGCAACAGCAACAGAAUGACUGUCAGCUCGGAGACAGCUGGUCCAGAAGGAGUUGUAAGGCCUGAGGACAGCAAGAGGGACCCUGGAGAGACAGGCAAGGAUGCAGGUGCAGAGCCUAGAAGCCAGUUCCCUCACAACCGUGACCAGGAUCCCCCCGGCAACAGCGACGUCUUGACCUUCAUCUCCCACCUUGAAGCUGUGACUCUUGAAAGUGGGGAUCCCCAAACUAUAGAAGACAGCAGCCAGGUGGACAGAACCCCAGACAUGGACUCCCGGGGGCAGGUGGAGACCGGAACAAACCGCCAGGCUCUCUCAGGAAGAGCAGGCAGACACUAGUGAAUCCUUGGUCCUGUGCCUUCCGUGGUUCAUAAACGCUAUUGUCCACCUUCUUGCCUCCACUUGGGCUGGGCCUGGCCUGGGGCUGGGCAAAGGCACCUCUGUCCACUGCCUCCCUGGCUCCCUUCCAUUAUGGCUGUCCAUUCUUCCCUCACUCAAGACCUGACUUCCUCAAGGCCCAUUAUGGCUGCCUGAUCUCUUUCUCACCUGACCUUUCUAGAACCUUCCUACCUCCACUUUGAUCUCUCAAGAUUUCUUAGCUGAACUUCCAGAGAAUAAA